AUGCAGUCCGGGAUGCAUCUGGAGAUUCACACGCACCCGCUCUCCGACGAGUUGGGCAGCCGGCAGACGAGCCUGUUACCCGGGCAGGUGCGCACGCCGAAGUACCGCGUCCACUCGCCCAUCACCGACUGGGCCGCGACCAGCAGCGUCUUCGACGACGGCUGCAGCGCGCGCGCGGGUCUUGGCGUGAAUGGCGAGGAGAGCCACUACCCGCCGUCCCAUACGACCCCGAUGACGGUCUACGGGCAGGGCGACCUGUGGGGCAACGGGGGCGACUUCAGCGCGCAGGUCUCCUGCGCCUUCCUGGACGCGCUUGAGCCGGCGGCGUCGGAUGCGCCCCCAGCGGUGGAGGCGACGAGCGCCAGUCCACCGACGCUGCCGGCGGCGUCGGAUACCGUUUCCCCCACGACGGCGCCCGACUGUCCGACCUCCACCGCGAGUGGGGCGUCUGCGACAUCCGUAGAGUGCUCCGUGCGGGCGGGGGUCGUGAGCGCAGCUGCCCGGGCGGGCCCGCCGGCUGCGUUUCCGCCGCCCGCGGAGCUGCGGUACACGGCAAGCUGCAUCAAGUACCACCACCACCACCACCUCGCGCCCCACGUCGCCAGCUUGAAGGACGUUGCGUGGAGCAUCAUCGCGGCGGCGGGGCUGCCCCUGUCCAUCGCCUGCCUGGACGACUACAUCACGGAGGGGCAGCUGCAGCUGCCGCAGCCCCCGCAGGCGGCGCAGCCGUCGGACCCCUUCGCCCCCACGGCGUCCCCCAGCCGGCCUGUCGCCAAAGCGGCCCCCGCAAGGAGAAAGACUCAAAGUGAGUCGCUUAGCGACCUGCUUUACUUUCACGCGAACUUUUUUCCCCCACCGCCUCCGCCGCACGCCCCCAUGCAGACCCGCCUCAGCCGUGCCGCGCUGUGGUACCAUUACGCCUCCAAGUGGGACAUAGCCCACCGCAUGCCGCCGCCGCCCCGCAGCCCACUGCCCGAGAUGGAGCUGGAGCGGCGGGAGCAGCUGCUUAGCCUCAGCCGUGCCCCCUACCACAGCGACCGGUGGCUGAAGAUCUGCGAGCACUGGUUUGAGGUGAUCAGGCAGCAGUUCAACUACCCGACUGCGAACACGGCGGUCCCGCUUUCGCGAAGUUUUGUGCUGAGCCACGUCGUGGUCGCGUAA